GCAGCCGCCCGCGCUGCAGAGGAGCCCCCAGAGGAGCUGCCCCGAACCUCGGCGGGCCGCGGAGAGCUAAUUUCUGCUUCCCAAGAUGGAAGAAGAUGCUAGCCUAUUCCCUAAGAAGGAGCUUUUGGACAAUGUCCCACUUUUGGAAGAUGAAAGAGAGGACCUAGAGGAUCCAGAAUAUGAGGCUGAGUUUCUUCCUCCAGAAGCUGAAAACAGCGCUGACUUGGGAUACUGCUGCCCACAGAGAAAGCAGAGCACAGAUGCUGAUAAAAGUAAGAAGAGACCAGCGGUCCCGGAUAGACUCAAGGCCUGCCACCUGCGGAAGACCUGGAGCCACCUAGAGAAGCUGCGAGAAGAGAAAGAGCUUUUCAUUCAGAAAAGCAGAGGAGAGCUGCGUGCUUGCUGCCAGAGGAUAGAUCUCAUCACCAAACAACAAGCGAGCGUGGCAGCUGAGGUGGCUGCGGGAAGAGAGGCCAACAACACCGCCGCCGUGGGCCGCCUCCAGGCAGUGUCCAGACGCCUAUGCAUGGAGCUAGACAACGAGAGAGACCUGCAGUCGAAGAUCACGGCCCUGCUGCAGAAGAGCGAGAACACCAUGUGGCACCUUGCAAUCCAGGAGGGACAGCUGGAGGAUGUCCGAAAGUCUGCCCAAGAGGAGGAGGUGACCAGCAGGAAGUACCUCCAGGAGCAGGCGGCCAAGCAGCUCCGCAAGGAGGAGGAGGCCUCAGAGAAGAUCAAGCGGAACCGGCUGCUGAGAGUCAGGAAGUCCAUGUGCCUCCAGAAGGAUCAUGUGCUCAGACACCAGAAGCUGGUGGAAGAUGCCCAGAAGAAUCACAGGAUCGCAGUGAAGUUCCUGAAGGCUUCCCUGAGAAGAAUUCGCGAGCAGGAGAAGGAGGAGGAGAUGAAGUCCCGGGAGCACAUGAAGAGGCGCAUGGAUGCCGUGCUGGCUCUGAAGAACAGCAUCACUGCCAACAGGGAAACACUCCGGAAAUUUCAGGCAUGGAGCCAGGCCAAGGCAGACCUGGCUGAGCAGAAGGCCCAAGCCGAGAAGGAGAGGAUUCUGGCCCAAGGUGGGGACGCUUUCAAGCAGCUUUUCCAUCAGCGCCGGUGCGAAGAGCUGGAAGCCCAGAACCGCACCUUCGAGGAGGAGCAGAAGCUCAGAAAGCAGGAGAUCAUCAACCGGAUCUUGAAAGAGGAGGCUGAGGAAGAGAAGAGGAAGAAGAAACAGUCUUCCCCUGCCCCAGCCAUGGGCCAGGCGCCUCUGAGAGAGAAGACCUGGAGUUACAUCACAGACAUUUGUGAAGGGAGGGAUGCAGUGGCCCUUCCCAGCUUCCCUGGGGACAAGCUGCAGGAUGGCGACAGGGCUGAACAGCCCAAAGCCUCUCAGUUCCUGGAAGCCAUUUCCAGUGAGUCUAUCCAGGGGGACCUCAGGAAUGUCAGCUGGGAGGAUGACACGCUGGCUGAGCCGGAGAUCCCCGGGCUCUGGAAGGAAGACUAUAAGCCGUACCAGGUGCCCAAAGAGGAGGCAGACAGGAAGCCCGUGGAUGGGACAAAGAUGGACAAGGACAUCCUGGCCCGUACCAUGGAGCAGCUACGCAGCCGAGUGACCCACAAGCAGGUGGUGUCAGGGCACGAGUUCAAAGGUUGCCCAUUCAACAGCAAGCCCAAGCUCAUUCACUUCAAGGAUUUUGAUAUCGGCAAAGUGUACAAGAAGAAGAUCACGUUGAUAAACGCCACAUACACCAUCAACUACUGUAAACUGAUGGGCGUGGAGGAGCAUCUCCGGGACUUCAUCCACAUAGACUUUGAUCCCCCUGGUCCCAUGUCAGCCGGGAUGUCCUGCGAAGUACUUGUCACCUUCAAGCCCAUGAUAAACAAAGAUCUAGAAGGAAACAUCUCAUUUCUGGCUCAAACGGGUGCAUUUUCUGUUCCACUGAAGUGCUCCACAAAGAAAUGCACGCUGUCCCUCGACAAGGAGCUCAUUGACUUUGGCAGCUAUGUGGUGGGGGAGACCACGUCCCGGAUCAUCACACUGACCAACAUCGGGGGCUUGGGCACCAGGUUCAAGUUUGUUCGGGCCUCAGAGUCCUAUGAGAUGGACCUCUCCCAGUCAGUCAUGAAAAUAAGCAGUCUGUUCACAUAUGAAGAUAAAGGUUCUUACGAAAAAAUCAUCAUCAGCCCUUCUGAGCAACAGAUGGAGGGCAAUGAGUCCUCUCCCUUUGACAUGCAAAGCCAGCAGGAGUCUGGGAAGCCAGACAACAAGGAGCAGGAAGAAGGAUGCCCCACAGAGGGAGUGACCAUGACCACUGUCAUGACCAUACCCCCCAGUGAGGAACAAAUGGAGAUCUCGCUGGGAGAGGUGACGGAGGGUGAAAUUGGCCCCUUCAGCUCCAUCAAGGUACCAGUCAUCUUCACACCAGUCACCCCAGGAGCCAUCCACAGCAUGUUCAAGGUCAUGUUUAAGAAUCAGCAGUGCCCAACUUUGUAUUUCAGAGUCAUGGGCGUUGCUAUGGACGUGCCCGUCUGGGUACCAAAACCCAACGUAGAUCUGAAGAUAUGCAUGUAUGACCGGCUAUACCAAGACUCUGUCCUUGUGCAUACACGGUCAAAAGCGGCCCUGCGUCUGAAGUUUGAAGUGUGCAAGGAGCUGCGGGAGCAUGUGGAGCUCCUGCCGGAGACAGGCUACAUCCAGGCCCAGUCCUCCUAUGCCGUGCAGCUCAAGUUCCUGCCGCGACACUCCCUCCCAGAAGAUGCAGGGAAGUAUUUCGACAAGGAAAGCAGAGUCCUGGAGGCCCCGAUGACAAUACGGGUGGCUGACCAGAUCAAGCCAGUGGGGUUUACCUUGCAUGCUGUGGUCACCACCUCAGACCUGCAGCUCAGCCCCUCAGCAGUGGACUUUGGUUACUGUACCAUCUAUGAGGCCAUCAGGACACAAGUCAGCCUCUACAACCACUCCCUCCUGCCCCAGGGCUUUGGGUUCGUCGGGCUCCCCAAGUUUGUGGACAUCCAACCCAACGAUGGGUUUGGGACAAUCCUACCGCUAGAAACACUGCAACUUGACGUGAUCUUCCAACCCACCAAGGCCAAGGAGUACAGCUUCGAGCUCAUCUGCAAGUCAGAGAUUAACCGGAGCUUCAAGCUGGCAUGCCGGGCUGUGGGUAUCCACCCGCCCCUGGAGCUGUCCCACUACCAGGUCAAGUUUGCAGCCACAUCCCUGUACGACACAUCCGUGGCCACCCUAUACAUCAUCAACUCUCACGUGAGCAUAAACUCACUGACCCACUCCGUGCCCCGCAUUGGCUCAGAAGACGCCUUUCCCGUGGGGCCUACGUCCUUUGAGUUCCUGCUGCCUCCAGAUGCACCCAUCACCAUCUCGCCCUCCGUGGGGACCGUGUCGCCAGGAAAGAGGUGCCUGAUCCAGGUGGCCUUCCGGCCUGUGCUGCCCAGUGAGCUGAUUCGCCAGGAAGCCUUCCAGGCUCUGAACAAACAAGUGGAGGUCAAGUCGGUCCGCAAGGACACAGUCACCCAGAGGAAGGACCUGAGGAGACAGUCCUUCUCCACACUGCGGCUGCAGAACCGGGACCGACUGCUCCGGACCUCCACUCCACUGAACACGGAGCUGCACAAGCAGGACCUCAAGUCCAGUUCCGACGAGUACCAGGCUGCCCAGGCCACCCUGGCCAGAUCUUUCCAGGGGAAGUUUGACAAGUUUGUGGUUCCCUGUGUUGUUGCCCGUGGUGACACCAAAGACAGGAAGGGGACAGAACCCCUGAGCUUCAGUCCUCACAAUACCCUGUACCUGGAGCUGUGGUGUCCAGCAGUAGCACCAUCCAUUGUGGUGACCUCCAACAAAGGCAAAACUACCACGAACUUUGGUGACAUCGCUGUAGGACACCACGGCAUAAGAAAGGUCUCCAUCCAGAACAUCUCCUCUGAGGAUCUUGCUGUGGAGUUCUCUGUGCUGAACCCCAAUGGCCCCUUUAUCCUGCUGAACCCUAUCAGCAAGCUGCCUGCAGGCGAGACCCAGGUUCUGACUCUGUCCUUCUCUCCCCGUGAGAGUGUCCUGGCCCAAGAAACGCUGGACAUCAUAACCAAGAGAGGCACACUCUCCCUGACCCUCACGGGUACUGGUGUGGCAUCCAUGAUCACAUGCUCCAUCGAAGGGGAUGUUCUGGACAUGGGUUACGUGAUUGCCAGAGAGUCUGUGUCCUCAAGCUUCAAGCUGCAGAACUGCUCCGCGCUGCCCAUCAAGUUCUCCCUGCAGCUGGACAGCCUGUCACCCUCCAGGAGCAAAGGCCAGCAGCAGCUGCCACAGUUCCUCACUUCGCCAGCCCGGAGGACUGAGGUCGUGGGCACUCAGAACCACAGCGGCCAGAGCGUGUUCAGCGUCAUCCCGGGAGAGGGCAUCAUGGACCCCGGCAAGGCGCAGGACUUCACCGUGACCUUCAGCCCUGACCACGAGAGCCUGUACUUCUCAGACAGGCUGCAGGUCAUGCUCUUUGAAAAGAAAUUAUCCCACCAGAUCCUUUUGAAGGGUGCAGCCCGCGAGCACAUGAUGUUUGUGGAGGGUGGAGACCCCCUGGACGUGCCUGUGGAGUCCCUGACAGUGAUCCCCACGUAUGACCCUGAGCACAGAGAGGAAGCAGAGGAGCUGAAGCCCAUCCUGGUGACCCUGGAUUAUAUCCAGUUAGACACAGACACGCCAGCCCCACCUGCCACCCGAGAGUUGCAAGUGGGCUGCAUCCGGACUACCCAGCUGUCCCCAAAAAAGAGUGUCGAGUUCAGCCUGGACAGCAGCACAUCUCUGCAGCACAAGGGCUUCACCAUUGAGCCCUCCAGGGGCUCCGUGGAACGUGGCCAGACCAAGACCAUCAGCAUCUCCUGGAUGCCGCCUGCUGAUUUUGACCCAGAUCAUCCACUCAUGGUGUCGGCCCUACUGCAUCUCAAGGGGGAUGUGAAGGAGACUUACAAGGUCCUGUUUGUGGCCCAGGUGGUGACUGGUCCCUGAGGCCACAGGAGUCUCUCCACAGAGCCCCCUCGAACUCCCUGCUCACCCCCGAAACCCUCACCAAACCACCCACAGGCCUGGGACCUGGGCAUCCCCUGCUGGGCAGACUCAAAUGUCCAGCCUCUGCAUGGCCCCAUGGACAGGGCACCACAGCCCCAUGGGCAUGGCCACUGCCAGCUGCCCUGGACCCACUGAGUCCCAAAGGCCCAAGAACACCCCCUCCCUGGCCCCAAUCAGAACCAGCAAGAAGGCCAGUCCUACCCACAUCCUACUCUUACUCUGAGCCCCUCAGAACCCCCAGCCCCACCAAUACCCACCUGCCCAGGCUUUAGGAGCCCUGAUGGUAUGGGGA